GUGUAAAGCGCCCUCGUGUGGCCGUGCACGAAUAGCGAGACAGGUACCACACGCUACGCAAACAUACGGGAUCCAGUUCAUGUUGUUCAUUUAGGUAGCAGUCUAACCCACUAAAGGCUGGUGGCUCCAUUUAUCAUGCAAUCAUGGAUCAGGGCAGUGGUAAGGUCAACAAUGAGGGCGGUAAGCUGACACACUACGAGGGCACAGAGAAGCUCCUGGAGCUAUGGUUUGAACCUAUCACCCUAGAAAAUGGAGAGACUAAAAGACAGAAGAUGUGUGACCUGAGGGUCAUACCAAGAGAUGAGAUAGCUGAGAUGCUCGUCAAAGUGAAGUGUGAGAUCGUCAGCUUUUCGGAGAGGGAUGAGCAGCAUGCUUAUAUUUUGAGUGAGAGCAGUCUGUUCAUCAGCAAGAGACGUUUGAUCUUGAAGACCUGCGGUACAACCACCGUCCUGGCCAGCCUGGACUCUCUCCUGGCAUUGGCUAAGAAGUACUGCAACUGCAAAGUAGUUGAUAUCUUCUACUCCAGGAAGAACUUCAUGCGACCCGACCUGCAGCACUCCCUCUACAAGAGCUUUGAGGACGAGGUCAAAUACCUGGAUUCUAUUUUUGACCGAGGUGCUGCCUAUGUCUUGGGGAGAAUGAAUGGGGAUUGCUGGUACCUCUACACAUUGGAUGAUACCAGCAUCGAGCAACCAGAUCAGACCUUGGAAAUGCUAAUGACUGACCUAGACGAUGAGGUCAUGGCCCACUUUCAGAACACCACUGGACGCAAGUCAGAGGAUGUCACCAAGGAGAGUGGUAUAGCUGAUCUUGUGCCUGAUUGUAAGAUAGACGGCUUUGUCUUUGAGCCGUGUGGUUACUCCAUGAAUGGAUUGCUGAAGGAUGAUGGCUAUGUCACUAUCCAUGUUACACCAGAGAAGGAGUUCUCUUACGUCAGCUUUGAGACAAAUGCUUCCAUGGAGGAUUACAGUAGCCUUGUAGAUCGGAUCCUCUCCACCUUCAGACCCGGCAAGUUUGUCAUGACUCUCUUCACCAAUGAGCAAGCAGCCUGCCGGUCAAGUCGUGACACCCUCAAAGAGACUUUGCUUGACCGCUACACCCGUCAUGAUCGCCAGUACUCAGAGUUCAAGAACUACGACCUGACCUUUGGUCACUAUGUCAGAGACAAGAAGAGGUAAAAGUUAGGCCGCCAAAUUUUCCUAAAAUUGAUCAAUUUGACUUUAUUUGUUAUUAUAUGAAAGAUAUUGUAAUCAUGUUAUAUUUUUUUCCUGCUAUGAGGGAAUAUAAUUCUUAAAAAUUUCUGUUGGUUCUGUUUGUUGUAAUUAAUUUUCACUGCUUUUUGGUACAAUGUAAACCUUCAACAUUUAUAUAAUACUUUGGUAGCUUAGCGAAAUGUAGCGGCAUGAAAAGACAUGUCUGGAAUGUAAAAGACCUAUAACAGUUAGCGAUGAUUAAAGAUGAAAAUUUCUUUCUAGACAUCUCUGAAUGAAAGCUUCUAGGUAAAAUCAAGCGUUACUGAAAUAUUUUGCUAGCUCCAUAUCCUAUUGUGAUUUUCCAUCUAUGUGAUAAAAUGAUGAUAUUCAACAACAUGCAUUUUUUUGUGCCACUAUGUUUCGCUAAUCUAUCAUAUGAAUUUGCAGUGGAGGUAUUAUCUUCUUGAUUUUCAUCUUUCAUGCUUUACAUAAUUGGAAUGAAAUUACAUUUUUUUUU